AUGGAAUGUAGAUUAGUCUUGAACAAUCGCACUGAUGAUGAAAUAACUAGCAAUGAUAUGAGCGGUAGAUUUCAUCAACAAUUGAAGUAUUAUAAGUAUCGUCGCGUUCCAUCAAAGAAUGGGAAAGCAAUUUUCUACCUUUUCUUUCGAAAAGAGGAGGAAACAUACGCUGCUCUUCGAGUAGCAAAAUCAAUAAAAGAAAUAUCACUUGUUAGGUAUUAUCCAUCUAACCCUAUUAAUUCAAAAUCUUCAUUUCGGCCAUUUCCACCACAACAGAUUAUUGAUAUCUGUCGCUACACAUUUAGAAGUCGUUUGGUUAAUUUUGAAAAUGUGAUGAAUACAUCAAUAUCCAUUACAUUACCCAUGAUAGCAACAACCACCACCACCAUUCAAUUUUCUGUUGGUCAUGAACAAAAUAAUGGAUGCAAUUUUCCAUGUGUUCAUUGUGAUCAGCACAAUCUGUUACUAACAAAUGAUAUGAAAAAAGAGAAGAUUAAAAUUAAGAAAGAUGUGAGUGAUGUUAAAGACGAAGUGAUUGACAUUACAGACGAAGUAAUGGCUGUUAAAAACAAAAUGAUUGAUAUUACCGACGAAGUGAUUGAUAUUACAGACGAAGUAAUGGGUGUUAAAAACAAAGUGAUUGAUAUUACAGAUGAGUUUGGUUUUGAUUUUGAAAUGGACAAAAACAUCUUGCAUAAAGAUCCAAAUCUUUAUACAACUUUUUUUUCACCGAUUUCAAAUGCAACAUCUCAAGGUGAAGAAAACAACAAAUCAUCUGAUUCCGAAGAUCAAGACGAAAGUUGUGAUGUUGUUCUUACAAAAUGCCUUACUGAUAUUUCUGAAAUCGUUCAGUAUUUAAAAGAAGGUAUAACAGAUUAUUAG